UCCACUCUGGUUCAUCACGUCAUCUACGAUACAUGUAUUUCUAUAAUUCAUCUGGACGCCACCAGGCAACCAUAAAUUGACUAAACGAAAGGCAUUCGUAGCCUACUUUGAUAGACGUUGAAGGUUUCAUUUCUCUUUUCUUCGAAGGGGAAAAAAAGAAAGUCACAGGGGUACUUGGUAAAGUUUUCAUUACUGGAGCGGUUCUGUCUUUCGACAAGUAUGGGCACAUUGCGCGAUCUCCAGUAUGCUUUACAAGAGAAGAUUGAAGAACUGAGACAGCGGGACGCACUUAUAGAUGAGCUGGAACUGGAACUAGAUCAGAAGGACGAGUUGAUACAGAAGCUUCAGAAUGAGCUGGAUAAAUAUCGUUCCGUUAUUAGACCGGCAACCCAACAGGUCCACAAACAGAGCGUCCUGCAGGAGCAGCAAAGGACCAAGAGGCAGGCAAUUUCAGCCGAGCCUACCGCCUUUGACAUUCAGGAUCUCAGCCACGUUACUCUGCCCUUCUACCCAAAGAGUCCGCAGUCCAAGGAAUUAAUCAAGGAGGCUAUUCUGGACAAUGACUUCAUGAAGAACCUUGAGUUAUCUCAGAUCCAGGAAAUUGUGGACUGCAUGUAUCCUGUUGAGUAUGGCAAGGACAGCUGCAUUAUCAAGGAGGGCGACGUGGGAUCAUUGGUGUAUGUCAUGGAAGACGGGAAGGUGGAAGUGACGAAGGAGAGCAUGAAGCUGUGCACCAUGGGACCUGGGAAGGUGUUCGGAGAGCUGGCCAUCCUCUACAACUGCACCAGGACGGCCACGGUCAAGACUCUCACUAAUGUGAAGUUGUGGGCCAUCGACCGACAGUGCUUCCAGACCAUUAUGAUGAGGACAGGGCUGAUCAAGCACGCAGAGUACAUGGAGUUUCUAAAAAGUGUUCCAACAUUCCAAGGCCUGCCUGAAGAAAUCCUGAGCAAGCUCGCUGACGUACUGGAGGAGACGCACUACAGUGACGGGGAGUACAUCAUUCGGCAGGGCGCCAGAGGAGACACCUUCUUUAUCAUCAGCAAGGGAAAGGUGAACGUCACACAGGAAGAUUCGCCCAGUGAAGACCCAGUUUACCUGCGCGCACUAGGAAAGGGUGACUGGUUUGGGGAAAAGGCCCUUCAGGGGGAAGAUAUAAGAACCGCCAAUGUCAUCGCUGCUGAAGCCGUCACUUGCCUGGUCAUCGACAGAGACUCUUUUAAACACUUGAUUGGAGGCCUGGACGAUGUCUCCAACAAAGGCUAUGAAGAUGCUGGCGCCAAAGCAAAAUACGAAGCGGAGAACGCCUUCUUCUCCAACCUGAAGCUGGUCGACUUCAACAUCAUCGACACGCUUGGCGUGGGAGGAUUCGGCCGCGUGGAACUGGUCCAGCUCAAGAGCGACGACGUGAAGACGUUUGCGAUGAAGAUCCUGAAGAAGAGGCACAUAGUGGACACGCGGCAGCAGGAGCACAUUCGCUCCGAGAAACACAUCAUGCAGGAGGCCCACUCUGACUUCAUUGUGAGACUGUACAGGACGUUCAAGGACAGCAAGUAUCUAUACAUGUUAAUGGAGGCUUGCCUUGGAGGAGAGUUGUGGACCAUUCUUAGGGACAGAGGUUCAUUCGAAGAUUCGACAACUCGCUUCUACACGGCAUGUGUAGUCGAAGCGUUCGCUUACUUGCAUUCCAAAGGGAUCAUCUACAGAGACCUCAAGCCAGAGAACCUCAUCCUGGAUCACAGAGGUUACGCCAAGCUGGUGGACUUCGGCUUUGCCAAGAAGAUUGGAUUUGGAAAAAAGACGUGGACUUUCUGUGGAACGCCGGAGUACGUUGCUCCAGAGAUCAUCCUGAAUAAAGGCCAUGACAUCUCUGCAGACUACUGGUCAUUGGGCAUCCUCAUGUAUGAACUCCUGACCGGCAGCCCGCCAUUCUCCGGCCCAGACCCUAUGAAAACAUACAACAUUAUACUGAGAGGUAUCGACAUGAUUGAAUUUCCAAAGAAGAUUACCAAAAAUGCUGCCAACUUAAUAAAAAAGCUAUGCAGGGACAAUCCUUCUGAAAGACUGGGAAACUUGAAAAAUGGAGUCAAAGACAUCCAGAAGCACAAGUGGUUUGAAGGCUUUAACUGGGAGGGGCUGCGGAAGGGAACGUUGACUCCGCCUAUCAUCCCCACUGUCACGUCGCCGAUCGACACGAGUAAUUUUGACAGUUUCCCAGAGGACAACGACGACCCCCCUCCAGAUGACAACACCGGCUGGGACACAGAUUUUUAACCCCCUCCCAUACCUCCCCUCCCCCCACCCCCUUCCCUCCCCACUCCCCGCUUCCCAAAACCUGCUUCUGUGUAGCCUGGGGCAGCUUCUUCAGAACAAAGCUGCAAAGCAAAAAAAAAAAACUGCAAAGAGAGGGAAAGGCGAAGGGGAACGCGACGCUCUGGGUCACCAAGAUGCCUUCACUGACGCAGCUGCGGUCACCGACGUGACACCGGGACUAAUGUUACGGUCACCGGAGGGCUCCUCCACUGUUAAACCGCUGCAUUUAGCACCAAGCUCAAAUGCCGUCACGAAGCCAGGCCUUUUUCCUUUUUUCCAUCAUUUCAUUUCCGCUGCCACAUAUCUUCACCCCCACCGAUAUCCUUGUACGAAAUGGAACGGUCCGGAUUCCAUUCCACGUUCUGGUUUUCCUAGUGGUUUUUCUCCGUGGUUGAUUGUACCGACAGUGUGUUCAGUUGUCUUUGGGGCUGGUGCGGGAGCGCUCAGAGUGUGAAAUUUCACCUCUCUGUUCUCUCGAAUCUUCAGGACCUCAACGCUGGUUGACCUUUCAAGUCAGAGUAGUUUCUGAGUCAAUCAUGACAGACCUGAAUGUUGUUUUCAAGUCAAUUGAAAUGGUAUGAUAUAAGUAUACAGCAUACAGUAUAUGUAUAUG